AUGAAAUAUUGGCACGAUAAAUUGUUUUAUAUAGAAGAAGAGAGUUUCAAACAAUCUGUUGAUGCUCAGAAGUUAAAUAUCAAGAAACUACCAGAAUUGAACAAUAAUGUUUAUGAUGAUUUCAAGUUGGACACAUCUAGCAAACAGGAAGUUAUUGAAAAUUUGGGGUUGAAUAAAUCUGUUGUGAUUUCAAAUGGAUCAGAUAAAUCAGCUCUUGGAUUUAAUGAGAGUUUUGAUGAUUUUGAAAGAUCAGUGAAGAUUUUGAAUUGUGGGGGUUGUGUUGUGUCAUUGAAAUGGUUGCCUGGGAAUAAAGAAUUUGCCUAUUUAGCAGCUUCAGUUAUUACAGGUGAGAAUUUAUUGGGAUCUAAAGAAUUGAGUAUAUUUUAUCAUGAUGGAGGUAACUCCAUACCUAGUUGUUUACAAAUUUGGAAAGUAAGUAAUACCGACUGUUCAUUUGAACUUUUGAAGAUCUUGGACACCUCCAUUUUAGGAGCUUGUGUUGAUCUUUCUUGGGUUCCUGGUGAAUUCAAAGAGGUGGGAGUUUUAAGUGGAGUAUUUAAAGACGGUAAGGUCCAUUUUUUCAAGAUCGAUGAUACUCAACAAUUCGGUAAGAUAAAAGAGUCAUCUUUGAGUUAUGGAAUAUCGGGUGAUGGUAUAGCAUGCUUUGAUUAUUUAUCCAACGACAGAAUAAUAGUUGGAACUAAGAAUGGAUUUAUUGCAGAAUUUAUACUUCCCAAUUACCAAACUUCAAACGAUGAUAAUCUCAGCAUGCCUUCAUUCAUGUAUAACAUCAACGAUGGGCCUCUUCUGUAUAUUACUAUUGCUAACCCUGCUCAAGGAAAAUUUAUUAUAAGUGUGAAUACUCAUGGUCCUUCAAGUUUCACUUUAGAUUACGAUGACAUAAUUGGCAAGAUGAUUGAGAACUUGACAUCAUUGGUAAGACCCAAACUUAAUUCUUACUUGGAUGUUCUAAUAUGUAGUGAUCCUUUGGAUGUAGCGCUGUUUUCAAUAUUAAGACAUACCAAUGAAAGACCUACACAAAUAUUAAAAGUCAAUGGUGUGGUGACAAGUUUAGCAUCUUCCACAACAUUGAACCAUCCGUUAGUAUUGAUAUCUUCAUCUUAUGGAGAAUUGUUUGUUGUGAAUAUUUCUAGAAGGAUCUUAAUAGCCUCCAAGUCAACAUCUAAAGCCUUAGUACCUUUGAGAUUAUGGAAAAUCGCUUAUAUCAGCAAAAACGAAUUUUAUUUCAACCCUAACUUCGAGGUUGAAAAAGUCGAUAAGCCCACCGAUGUCAGUCCAAGUCCUAAUGAGGUCAACAUCGGGUGUCUUGAUUGGAAUGAAAAUUUGAAUGGAAGUUCCAUAUAUGCGGCUGGGACUCAUGGUGGUUUAAUUAUACUAGAAAAAUUAGACUGUUAA